AUGAUCGGGAUAUUUGUGGACACCUUAAAGGACCCAUUCUUUGAUCGAUUAGUGAGCAGUGCCGCAUCUGACUUCGCACAUCUAGUUACAAUUGGAGACCGCAUAGAGAAGGGGUUGAGAGAUGGAAAGAUUCCUGGAGCAGUGACAACACCUAGCGCACCAAAGAAAUAUUCUGGAGGUUUCCCGAAGAAAAGAGAAGGCGAGACAAACGCCAUAUCCAGAAACUAUAAAGGGAAGCAACAGGCUUCAUAUGGCCAAGUCGCCGCAGUGGUACCCAUACCCUAUCAACAACCAAUGCAGCAACAACAAAUGUAUCAGCCACAACAUCAACAACAUCAUCAUCAGCAAAAUACCGCACCACCAAGACAGUUCAAGCCAAGACCCUCAAGAAGACAACUUGAUCCUCUACUAGUACCUUAUAGUCAGAUAUUCCCAUAUCUGCAGAAGGAUGGCCUUCUAACAUUGAGGGAGUUAAAACCAGCUAUUUUUCCGUAUCCACCUGGAUACGACGCUAAUGCCCAUUGUGAAUUUUACAUGGGAGCACCUGGUCAUACUUUGGAAAACUAUUUCGCAUUUCAGAAUCGAGUACAAGACUUGAUCGAAGCCAAGGCCGUUUCUUUCACUCCAGGACGCCCGAACAUGAAUACCAACCCUAUGCCGAUGCAUAAGGGUGCUUCCGUCAGUGCCAUUGAGGAGGGUGAUGAAGGCAAACUGAUCCGUAAGGUUGAAGAGAUUCAAACCUCUAUCACCAUGAUAGGAGCACAAUUGCUGAAGAGUGGCCUGAUCCUGGAAGAGCUGGUUGAGGAAGAGAAUAAUGAAGAGUUAAGGCGUUUUAUACAACAAAUGCUGGAUCGAGGCGAGUUACAGAUAACUUACCGUGUCAAGAGAAAGCGUCAGGAAGAGAUAGCCGUGGUAGAUAUCCCCUAUGAUGAGGUCAAAAUAGAAAUACCUAUAAGCCCGUUGGUGAUAGAGUUCCCAGCACCAUUCAAAUAUAAAGAUGAGAAGGCAGUCACAUGGAUAUAUCAGCCCAGAGCUUUUAAGUAG